CGGAGUUUUUACUUUAAUCUGGAACAAAACGCUCUGAACUCCCCGAAAACUGGAGUCUGGAGUUUGUUUUUUUUAACCACGCGGGAUUUCAACUCUUCUGCUGAGACACGCUCUCUCUCUCUCUCUCUCUCUCUCUCUCUCUCUCUCACUCUCUCUCUCUCUCUCUCUCAGCGGCUACAGGUGGUCUGUGGUGGAGCGCUCGAGCUCAGCUCAGUCUGGAUUCUUUGUUGUGGAUUUUCUCGUAAAUAAACCGCGCGCGCUCCCGAGACACAAUUAAAUCCACUCCGUCAAGCCGCGCGCGUGGAGCCGCUCUGAGGGAAAUACAGACUCGUGCUCAGGGAUUAUUCAGAAAUGAAAGGCCGAAAGGGUCACUCUCAUGGACUACUGGUUUAUCUUUCCCUUUUGGUGGCCAGUCAAACUAAGUCUAGAGUGGAAGUGUCUGCGUCAGACGCCUUCAAAACCAACAUCACGCUUUUCACACGGAUCCUGGACCGACUCUUAGAUGGCUAUGACAACAGACUCAGACCAGGCCUCGGAGAUCGAGUGACGGAGGUGAAGACUGAUAUUUACGUGACCAGUUUUGGGCCAGUAUCAGACGCAGACAUGGAGUACACAGUGGAUGUGUUCUUCCGCCAGCGCUGGACGGAUGAGCGGCUGAAGUUCCGCGGGCCCAUGAACAUCCUGAGGCUUAAUAACCUGAUGGCCAGUAAGAUCUGGACUCCAGACACAUUCUUUCACAAUGGCAAGAAGUCUGUGGCGCACAACAUGACCAUGCCUAACAAAUUACUGCGGAUCAUGGAGAAUGGAACCCUCCUCUACACCAUGAGGUUGACAGUGCAGGCAGAGUGUCCAAUGCAUCUGGAGGACUUCCCCAUGGACUCCCACUCAUGUCCACUGAAGUUUGGCAGCUAUGCAUACACUCUGACUGAAGUGACUUAUGUUUGGACAAGAAACGCAACUUCCUCUGUAGAAGUGGCACCAGAUGGAUCAAGGUUGAACCAGUACGACUUAAGAGGGCAAACUGUUGGCAACGAAACCAUCAAGUCCAGCACUGGUGAAUACACAGUGAUGACGGUUCAUUUCCAUCUGAAGAGGAAGAUUGGUUAUUUUGUGAUUCAGACCUACCUGCCCUGCAUCAUGACGGUCAUUCUCUCCCAAGUGUCUUUCUGGCUCAACCGUGAGUCUGUGCCUGCUCGAACAGUUUUUGGUGUGACCACAGUCCUCACCAUGACCACUCUGAGUAUCAGUGCCCGGAACUCCCUGCCCAAAGUGGCCUACGCUACGGCCAUGGACUGGUUCAUCGCUGUGUGCUACGCCUUCGUUUUCUCUGCUCUGAUCGAGUUCGCAACCGUCAACUACUUCACCAAACGAGGCUGGGCCUGGGAUGGAAAAAGCAUCAUGAACGACAAGAAGAAGGAGGGCUCUGUUAUGAAGAAGAAUAAUGCGUAUGCAGUGGCUGUGGCUAACUACGCCCCCCAAAUUGGUAAAGACUCAGCUCUCCCCACCGUCUCCAAGAGCGCUCCAGCAGAGCCAGCCAAAGCUCAGCCUGUGGCCAAAGAGAGCAAGAAGACCUUCAACAGUGUGAGCAAGAUCGACCGCAUGUCCCGCAUCAUCUUCCCCGUGCUCUUCGGCAGCUUCAACCUGGUCUACUGGGCCACUUAUCUCAACAGAGAGCCUGUCAUCAAGAACAUGGUCCCCUCGCACUGAAGCUUUUAUUACAGCCUCGUAAAUCCCAUACUCUCUCACAGCACUAACACAUACUAUACAGUUACAAACACACACAUACACACACACACACACACACAGCAGAGCCAAGUGUUUGAUUUUCUGUCUGUUGAGAGACAAAGUAAUGUUUUUUUUUUAAAAUAAUAAUAAUACUACAGUCUUACAGAAGGUAAGAAUUUUAUUAAUUUAGCUGAUUUAAUACCACAUAUGGAGAUUUAUUAGAGUGGCAAUUAGAUUUUUUCCCACUUUAUAUUCAGCCUGUGUGGUGAAGUUAAAAUGAAAUAUCACAUUAAGUUGAAAUUAACUUUUAUUUUACAAUAAACUCUGACAAAGCAAAAAAUCUCUCUCUAACAGACCUGCUAGACCUGACAUAGGGGAGCUGAAUCAGGUGAGCUUGAGUAGAAAGAGCACAGAACUGAGCAGGACAUGCUGACCCAUGCUCUAUGAUUAUUUACACUAAUGUAUUCUAACUAAUUGAUAAUCAAUAGCUAUUCAGAUAUGAUGCUAUUUAUUAGUCAGUGUACUGGAACUGGGUACACAGUGUUGCAUCCAAGCAUGUUCUCUGUCUAAAGAUGCUGUAUUGCAGUGGUUCUCAAACUGUUGAACAGGUACCAUUGGUACUACCCUAAGCAUUCCAAGGUGGUACACUAGAUGACCUCAGAAAAGAAAAUUAGCUUACAUUAAUAUAUUAAUGCCUGAAAUCUGAAAUCUAUAAAGUUUCCACCUGUAAUUUUCCUAACGUAACAUUUAUAACUGCAGUUUUAUAAUUACUAACAUAUAUUACUAACAUUAUUAUCUAUUGUCAUAAUCACUGGCCUUAAGAGUAAAACCCUGUGGAGUGCCACAAUAUGUGCUAUAUCAACAGUUCACAACAGUUAACACUGAAUUACAGGUAAUAGUUAAAUAUGGUAGGAAACACUAUAGUUCACUGCUUGGUACUCUAGUUGUUUAUUUUUCUCUGUCUAAAUCUUUCUGAGAUUCUCAGCAGGGAUACUGUAUUAACCAGAAACUAUAACCAAUCAAACAACUUGCUAUUAGGGAAAAUAAAAAAGAAAGAACACAUGCAACAGGUUGUCCCUUAAGGUUUUUGAAGUAAUUUUAAAUUAUUAUUAUACACCAUUUUAUUAAUAAUGAACAAGUACUAAAUAGCAAUUUCCAUUUAAAUAUACAUAUUCCCUAAAAUAAACAAAAUGUUUAUAAAAAUAAAAUAUUAGACAGAAAUAUCUCGUCAUAAUUAUCUGAGUACAUUGAGGCAACUAAGUUAAAAACUGUUAAUAUGCAUUUUCCAAAAAGGUAGUUUAAAAAUUAUAGUUUACAAAUGGAAGUUUCAAAAUUGAGACAUGUUUCUAGUUAAUCUGUUAAAAAUAAUGCAUAAGUAGCUUAUUACAACAGUUUAUUCCUAUGUACUGAUUUACAAAAGGGGAACUAAUUCAGAGGGACACUGAGGGAGAAUAGUGUGUUAGCAGUGCUAUGGCUAAUUUGCUAAUUGUACUGUUCAGAGACGUUCAAUGGGGAAUAAUAUAGAAGCUAUAUAGAAUAAAUAGAAGCUCAGUCUGUAACCCGGAUAUUUGCGCCAUAGAACUUUAGACUAGCAUUAGUCUACUGUGCCUAUGUAUAGUGUUUACAGCAUGUACGUAUGGACUAUGUAACAUUACAUUUUUGAUAAAGCAGUGAUCUGAUUCCGAUACUUUUCCAUCCGAUUCCGAAAAAUACAUGACCGGGUCGGGGAGAUCACUAGUUUCGGCAUUACAGUUAUUAGCUAAAUGAGGUGGUAAACACUGUACUUUACUGCUUGGCACUCUUGUUUAUUUUCCUUUGUCUAGAUACUUCUGAUAUCUCAGUAGAAAUAAUAUAUUAACCAAAAACAAUAAUCAAUCAAACAACUUACCCUAAUACUAACUUACAGACUGCAAAAGCAGGCAAAAUCCACACAACAGGGGAUGAACAACUGGCAAAAGAUAUGACAACAUGUAUAUAUGUGGAUUCCACAUCUAGCAUACUGUGUAAACAUGUGUGUGGUACCUGUGUUCCUGUAAAAUGGCUUGUAGGUGGUUCUUGGAUGUUUAAUUUGGUGAGACAUGGUCUAAAAUGUUUGAGAACCACUGCUGUAUAGCAGAGGAGGUGGGUGACUGCACAUGUAUCGGAGGAGGCGUGUGCUAGUCUUCACCCUUCUAGUGCUGGAAUCAAUGCAAGUGAUGGAGGAGGGCUAGUGAGUGGGUGGAUUAAUGGAUAAGGAUAAAUUCUUCUUCAUAUUUUACAUCUUUCUCAGUUACUAACGCAAUCAUAUACAGCCCUGUUCCUCAUCAAAAACCUUUUUGUUUUUGGUUUUCUAAAAAUUUGUUGAAAUUAUUUUGUAUUAUAUUUUAUUCUGCGACAUAUCCUCAAGAAAACUGCCUUUUAUGUGUCUUUUUCAAUCAGUGAUCACCUUUCAAGGAUAGUACUGUGGCUUGCAAAAGUAUUCACACCCCUUCAACUUUUCUUCCUUCUGGCAUACUACCGUACUACUACUCUCUCCUCCCACAAGGGCACUGCCAACGAGUGCAAUUCUGCACUGCUAAGCAGCUCAGUUAAUAAAUGCAUCACUAGGGAGAAAAUGUAAGUAUUUUUUACUCUAUAAUUUUUGCAGUAUGUAGCUUCAUUUCUAUUCCUUGUAGUUUGUGUGAUCAUUUGUAGAUGAUUUCUUGUGGUAUUUAUUUUUUCUAUACAGUGAAAAAAAAUCAGAAAGCCUUUCUACUUCAGAGACACUCAGAGGUGCAUUUAUAGAAGCAGUUUGCUUCAAAUAUUCUCGAUGUGAAGUUGUCUACUUCUGAAAUCACUUCAGAAUGCUAAACUCACACAAAUUAAGCUCAUAUAGUGUAUGAAAAGACUAUAGUAGGUGAUUUUGUGGAAACCAGUAGUGUAAGCCAAACCCAGCUCUCUAGCCACAGGCCUGUGUCCAAAGCCAUUCUCCACAAAACAGGAAGAUGCAAGCUUGUAAAAUAAACAAGACAAUGACCUGCUCAACAGCAUCACUUUCUAGGCUACAGGUUACUUCACUAAAGCGUCCUCGCUUUGUUUCUUUCUUUUUGUUAUUAGCAGUGGAAACUGGUGAUGUUAGCUCCUAACACACAACAGUGCACUGCCAAAAAUACAUUGGCAAAAACUGGACAAAAUAUAUGCAAAUUAAGACAAAUAUAUGUAUAUUAAGCAAAAAAAAUCUGCCAUUGAGAUAAGGAAAAUUUUCUUAGUAAGAUUUCUUACAAAAAGCAAUGGCAAAGUCUCAAAAUGAGUGAAGUAACACCUAAAUCAAGCAAAAAAAAUCACUAUUUUUGGACACAAGAAUCAUAAUAACUUGAUUGCUGCUUGAUUGUGCUUAUUUUUAGUUCAAAUUACUUAAAAUAAGGUACAAAUUCUAAGUAAGAAUGAUUAAGAUAAUUGUCGCUAAAGUAAGCAAAAUAAUCUAACACUUACACAAUGCUUAGUAAGACAAAAAGUCUUAUCAGAGAAGAAAAUAAGAUUUAUUGCCUUAAAUUUAGAUAAUUUCACUUGCUAAGAUUUAGUUUUUGCAGUGUGUAUGUGCAUGAGAUUGUUUUAUUUUGCUCUUUCUUUAGUGUUGUUAAGGAUUAACAAAAUUUUGGGAUAUGGAGAGCGCCUCAAUUACAAGCUCCACCCCUUCGCCCUAUAUAUACCUCCAAGUCACAACUCACCUCCGUGACGAACAAACUCACGCCCACCUCCACCCCGUCACCUCCCUCAAUUUAGUUUUUCACCUCAGCCCUGGGGGGGGACCAGGCUCGAGAUCAUCUCAAGCAGUACCGAACUGCACCCAAGCAUUAACUGAACUGUACCCAAGCAUUAACAGAGUUCA